ACAGUGGACUAGCAUUUUGUAGAAACAUAUUUAACGAAUAAUGACCAGAGGCAGAGCUGUACUGCCGGAGAAGACGAUGUCGUCUUGGUGAAACUGAACCCCCAUGAUCCAUUCACAUACAUUUCACAUUUCAUAUACCAGCUCAAAAUUCCAUUCCUCAUCAGCUGAAGAAGUAGAAGAAGAUGAAGAGAAGAGCACAAUCUGCAAUAAUCGUUUCCAUUGCUCGGUCUCAGCAAGCAGCUGGUUCAUUAGUAAAGUUGGUAAUCCAGUUGCAGCCUAUUCCGGAGACACUAUGAAAUUUCAUUCUGGAUUGCGGAAUGGUAUUAGCAAUAUCAACAGCCUUGAUGAUGCUCUGAGCUUAUACAAGCAGAUGGUCGGAAUGAGGCCUCUGCCUUGUGUAAUUCAUUUCAAUCAACUGCUGGACAGUGUUGUUAAGAUGAAGAAUCAUUAUUCAUCUGCUAUUUCCCUUUUCAGAGAUAUGCGCGUUAAGGGUGUUCCUGUCAGUCAUUACACCCUCAAUAUCGAAAUUAAGUGCUAUUGCCUCGUGGGUCGAGUGGAUUUGGGGUUUUCUAUAUUGGGUGGCUUCUUCAAGCGUGGUUUUGUCCCUGAUGUAGUCACUUUUAACACUUUACUUAAGGGACUCUUUCGAGGACACAAGGUUCGUCAGGCACAAGAAUUGUUCAAAAAAAUAAUAUCUGAAAAACUUUGCAAACCCGAUGAAGUUAUGAUGGGGGUUGUGAUAGAUGGGCUCUGUAAGACAGGAAACACUCCAACAGCCAUUAACUUGCUUAGAGCAAUGGAAAAAGGAGGAAGACCUUGCAGACCUCCUGUAGCUGCGUACAACACUAUCAUUGACAGUUUGUGCAAGGAUAAAAUGGUGGAUGAAGCUCUUGCCCUCUUCCAGGAGAUGAUUGAAAAGAGCUUACCCCCAGAUGUUGUCACUUACAAUUGUUUGAUUCAAGGAUUCUGCAAUUUAAGUAAAUGGAAGGAGGUUAAAAGUCUCUUCUCUGACAUGAAGGAUUACAAAAUUGUUCCAGAUGUUAUUACUUUUAGUAUAGUGGUGGAUGCAUUGUGCAAGGAAGGACAUGCAAAAGAUGCUGAAGAGGUAGUCGGCAUCAUGAUUCAGCAAGGUCAGAAUCCCACCGUGGUCACAUACAAUUCCUUAAUGGAUGGAUAUUGUUUGCAACGCCGAAUAGAUGAAGCAAGGAGAGUAUUCGAUACCAUGGUUGCUAGCGGCCUUACUUCAGAUGCUCAUAGCUAUGCUAUUUUGAUAAAUGCCUAUAACAAGAACAAGAAAGUGGAAGCAGCCAUGAAUCUCUUUCAAGAGAUUCGGCAUAAAGGUUUAACAUGUGAUAUUGUUGUUUAUACCACUGUUUUGCAGGGGUUAUUUAGUGCAGGAAUGUAUCCUAGUGCAAGAGAAGUUUUUUAUGAGAUGCAAGCUUCUGGCAUUAAGCCUAAUUUUCACACUUACUGCGUGAUGUUGGAUGGGUUAUGCAAGACUGGACAUGUCGACGAAGCAUUGCAGUUAUUCCAUGCAAUGGAAACUGAUGGAACAAAUCUUCACAUAGAAAUGUACACUAUCAUCCUUGAUGGGUUGUGCAAAAGCAGGAUGCUCGAUAGUGCUCGAGAUCUUUUCAACAAUCUCUCCCUUAAAGGAUUGAACCCUAAUGUCAAAACAUACACCACCAUGAUUGCUGGCCUGCUUUCAGAAGGUCUGCUCAUCGAAGCUAAAGAGGUCGUUGAAAAAAUGGAACAGAAGGGUUGUUUGGCAAAUAGUUUUACAUACAAUGUCAUUCUGCAAGGACUUCUUAAGGGAGGUCAUUAUGAUGACGCAAUGGUCUAUCAUGAAGAAAUGGUUCAGAGAGGAUUCUCGAUGGAUUCAACUACAUUUUCCAUUUUACUUGAUUCAUCUGCUGAAAAUCAGAACAAUCCUUCUCUUCUAAUGUUGAUGCUGAAGAUUGAUCCCGAUAGCAAGAAGCUCUUGGAUGAGGGACAAAGAGGACCUUCACAUUAGUUGCAACAUGUUGGUCCUCCUAUUUAUUUUGGCACUCAACUUUAAUUUGCUGGAAAAAAACAUUAAUUAGGCUCGCAUUUGAUCCUGUUAUUAUCUAUCGUCUUUGUUGCAACUGAACCUUAGAGGAACUCUCUUGGUGACUUUUUGUGAAACGCCUCAGAGAUCAUCAGUAUGGUGGAGAAGCCACAUUCCUUAGGGAAGUUGAAUUGUUAAGUGUAGCAUUUCACAGAAAUUUGGUUCGGUUAAUUGGAUUUGUACCACUUCUUCUCAAGACUUCCUCUUUAUCUUUUCAUGGAGAACCUCAGUGUGGAAUAGCGUUCAAAUGGAGAGGGGUGGAAUUUGUAUUGCAGAAUGUGAAGGUUUGAUGUCAGCUCAGACUGAAUAGAGACAAGUAGUUAGGUAUUAAAAUGUAUGGAAAUAGUUAUGAUGAAUUUUAUUCAA